AUUUCUCAUCUUUCUGUUCCCAUUGCCGGUAACAGUGAUUUGCAUAUUUAACUCAAUAAGCAUCUACUGACAUGAGUUGAUCUGUUGAUGUAAGUCUGCUCAAUAUGGUCUUGCUCUCUGUAUAUGUUUCUUGCCUUUUUGAUGCUUUAGAAGGCUUUCAAGGUAAGUCAAGCAGGGAACCUGAUGGGUAGAUGAGGGAAUUUUCAAACACACAACUGUCUGAUUUAGGGUCCUACAUGAACUUGGUAUAUAGUGUCACUUAUUUAUAAAUCAGAUUUUUAAAAUUGGAAGCAACUCUGUGAUCAUCUAGUCCAUCUAGUCUACAACCUUCCUUUUACAAAUGAAGAAUCCAAGAGCCAGAAGCUCCCAGACAUCCUGACUCAAUGUCCUAUAUUUGUUGCAUAGCCUCCUUUGUGGAAGUUAUGUAUGCAUUUGACUUCACUUAAUCUAAGACAUCUAUUUUCCUUGAACUCUUGAUAGGUCUGCUGGUUUCCUCAAGGGAAUCCAAUCUAGCUGGAUUUUAAUCUCUUUGAAUUGUGUCCUCAGCUAUAAAAGUUUUAGCUGAGGUUUUAAUGGCUGCACUUAAGUAAAUCUAACAGAUGUACCAGGGGGUGUUCCAAUUACAUACACCAUUAAAGGGCUUUAUGUGAGGAUUUUUAAAAAUCACCAUUAAAAAAAAAAGCAUAGUCCAUGUGCAGUAUAAUUUACCAGCAGGAAAGAUUUCAAUGUCCUGGAAAAAUUCCCUAUAAAAAGGAAGAUAGGAAAACAGAAAAGUCACAGUACUCAACCUACUUCAAGGGAAGCUUGGGAUCUUUUUGGCUCUCUGCCUCUAAACAGGUAAAAGGCUUUGUAUUAUUUCUAACACGAGUUUCUCUUUUUUAGAUUGCAUGCUAUUGUAUGUCUACAGGGCAUUUGACAGCCCAAGGGCUAAAUCCAGGUGUGACGGUAUCUAAUGAUGUCCUGUCCUUCACUGUCCUUGCCAUCACCAGCCACAGAGAUCCAGGCUUUGGGGAAUCCCACAGCUUAUCGACCAGUGUUUGAUUUAGUCUUUAGCCUCUUUCCCAUCAAGUGAAAAUUAACUUGGAGACACAUUUCAUUAGAAAAUUAGAGGCCCCCUUGGCUAGGAAGGCAUCUGGUCUGGGACUAACUACUUUGAACAGUGUUGAGUCCUCUCUCCCACAGAUGGUUCAGCCAGCAGUAAUGCUAGGAAGACUGAAGGAUAAAUAGAAAAAUGUCAUUAGUACCAUGGGGUAGCCAUUUAAUGUCAAACAAUUUUAUAUUAGCCAGAGAUUCCUAGUAGGAGCUACUUUUCUUAACAGAUGGCUCAGUUCUCUUUAUCUCAGGAAUGAAAGAGUUGAAGACCAAUCAACAACAGGGGAAAUGUUAAAGCAAAAUGAUGAACUCGAUAAGGGAUGAAUUAUGGGGUUUGGAUAACCAAACAAUAAAAAUAAAAGUAUAGACUAUUUUAGUACUUAAAAGGUCCUGAACGUGUGAGCUUAAGUACUCAUUUUGUCCCCAGUGGCUAAGAAACUCAAGGCAAGCCAGCAGGUGUCUCUGAGUUUCAGUGUCUGUGUGUAAAAACUGACUCUGACUUCGUCUUCUGCAGGGUUAGUGAUACAGAUGCUAGGUUUUUCACUAAAGAGGUCUUUUAGUUUCUACUCAACCUUGUCUGGAUCUAAUUUGAUUGUGUAUUCAUGUGCCUUAGAAUGGAGCCAGUUCCAAAACUCCUAGCUGGCCUUAUUCUGCUGACUUUGUGCGUGGAAGGCUGUUCCAGCCAGCACUGGUCCUAUGGACUGCGCCCUGGAGGAAAGAGAGAUGCUGAAAAUUUGAUUGAUUCUUUCCAAGAGAUAGUCAAAGAGGUUGGUCAACUGGCAGAAACACAACACUUCGAAUGCACCAUGCACCAGCCACGUUCUCCCCUUCGAGACCUGAAAGGAGCUCUGGAAAGUCUGAUUGAAGAGGAAACCGGGCAGAGGAAGAUUUAAAUCCACUGGGCCAGAAGGAGUGACCGUUACUAACAUGACUUAAGUAUAAUUCUGACAUUGAAAAUUUAUAACCCAUUAAAUACCUGUAAAUGGACUGAAUUUCGGAAAUCCUUACACCAAGUUGCGCAUAUGCCAUAAUAAAGUGCUGUGUUGUGAAUGAA